AUGGCAUUGAAAAAUGCGUUCAUGGGUUUGGCUAGCGACACCGUGGGAUGCUUACAUAAGCGUAUCUUCACCGGUGCGCCUUCCAUAUUUGUGGGGUAUUCGGCGUCUGGCGAGCCAACCCCGUACACGGUAUGCAUCCAGGCCACACAUGUUACCGGCCCGGCGCACCCGGCCCGGCGUUGA